AGCCGCAGGGGGUGUGGGGCGAAGGGGAGCAAGUGCCAGGACCCCCAGCGUGCAGGGGGUGCCGCCACCAGCCCAGGUGGCCUCUGGCAAAGAUCGUUCCAGAAUCUUUGCCCCCGCUGAGUGGUGGUGCUUCAGACCCAGGCUCCAAACAUGCGCUCUUUGCCUGAGACAAGCAGCAUUACCGUGAAGUCCCUUGGUCAGCCUUCCAGAUGGCAUCGGUGGGGCAGACCGGUCCCCCUGGGAAGGGUCUGACUGCUGACAUUGCCAGUUAGGAGCCAAGCCUACUGAUCCGGUUUGAGAUCAACAUGGUCAACGCCAUUUCUAGUAGGAAAGAAAGACCUGAGACUCCAAAGUCAGGAAUCCAUAAACAUUCUUGGGAUUGAGUCCUGCUGGGGAGGGGCGGUCCCCAGGUGACUCGCUGUCUGGGAGGUGACCGGACAGGAUAUAGGAGCUGUGGGGUCCAUGCAGGCACAGAGGUGGGCUGAGUUGAGGAAGGACCAGAAGCACUUCAUGAACUCCGGAAGGAUCUACAGGGGCAGCCGCCUCACAGAUGUCUCCAUCUGCCGGGAAAUGCCCAGCCUGGAAGUGAUCACCCUCAGUGUCAACAGCGUCUCCAGCCUGGAGCCCGUGAGCCAGUGCCAGCAGCUGAGCGAGCUCUACCUGCGCAGGAACCGCAUCCCCAGCCUGGCCGAGCUCUACUACCUGAAGGGCCUGCCGCGCCUGCGCGUGCUGUGGCUGGCCGAGAACCCGUGCUGCGGCGCCGACCCGCACCUCUACCGCAUGACCGUGCUGCGCAACCUGCCGCACCUGCAGAAGCUGGACAACCAGACUGUGACCGAGGAGGAGCUGUCCAGAGCGUUGCUGGAGGGAGAGGAGGUCACGGCCCCGAGCGGAGAGGGCGCAGGGAACGGCCGGCCCCAGCUCCCCUACGGCCUGAGCACCUUGGACACCACCGCCGAGACCCAGCGGGACGCGCUCAGCUGCGGCGAGGAGGAGGCCAGCGUCCGGGGCCAGCUCGGCCUGAAGCCCCCUUCCCGGGACCGGUUCCCGUCCUUCUCACAGAGGGAAGCCGCGAGCGGCCGCAGGAACAGGAGCAACGUGCUGACCGCCAUCCUGCUGCUGCUGCGGGAGCUGGACGCCGAGGGGCUGGAGGCCGUGCACCAGGCUGUGCUCAGCCGGCUCCAGGCCCUGCACAAGCCGGAGCCACAGGAGGACAUGGACUGACCAUCAGCCGGAGCCCGUCGGGCCCUCCUCCCGGGACCCUGUGCCCCAGCAUCUGGGGGACGUGGGGCCCACAGCCACAGCCUCAACUGCAACCCCGCUGGGGGCCCGCAUGCAGCUGAGUUCCCGCCCGCAGGCCGUGUGCCCGGAAGCUCAGCCCCGCCUGGGAAGGCCACGCCCUGGGCGUAGCCAGUGCCGGGCACGAGCGGGAAGGGCAUCAGCGCUGUGCCAGGCGCUCCGCUGUGUGGGGCCCAGGCGUGUGCAGCCUGUGCGUGGGGGCCCCGCCUCACCCCUCCCCUCUUCUCGAGGUGGCAUUGCAGCUAGUCUCUGUAAUAAAUAUCUUCCCAAAGUUC